AUGACGGACGCGGAGGGUUGUCCCGAGCCGCGCGGAGACGAUCCGUCGAUAGCUGUGAUCGCAACGCCCACCCAGGAUCACGACGCGGCACAACCAAAAAGUUCGGUGCCGUCAUUGAUACCAACAGAGCUCCGAGCGAAUUAUAAUGACGACUCCGCAUCUCACGCACCUUCCACUGCGGGUCCUUCCGCAUUACCGUCGACGAGAACGAGCCCAGGCGCACAUACCCCCACGCCGACCCUCACCGUCAGCGCACUACAGCUCGCUUCUGAGGCCCUCUCCACCAUCCCGGCAUCCCAUCCCCACGCCGACUCGGUCCCUUCUGCCGCUGCUGAUCUCCUCAUCGCGAUCCAUCGCAAACACAAAAAGGCACCCGCUGUCCAAAGCCCACGUCCCGGCUCCAUUCGCUCUCGCAGCGCCGCAACCACCCCGGUCCCUUCUCCACGCCUGCUAAACGCGAAGCAUGGCACCUUCGAUGCCACCGCCAACUCCUCGCGCGCAACCACUCCAAAUCGCACUCCUUCCGGACGGGCAAAGCGUCAGAGGCGCGAACGCCAUCUCGGCACUCCCACUCCUUCCACACUCGCCUUGCCCAGCAUCGAGCAGAAUGACCGAAGGAGAUCCGCCCGAGUCGCUCAGACCGCCACUGUCAGCACUUCCGAUUCGCCCUCCAUGCCCAACCUCGCGCUGUUCGGCUUUUCGCCGUACCUAGAGAAUCUGGUCAUGAAUGCAAAGGAGACCGAUCGACGCACUCGUUCGGGAGGCCGAGGUAUUCGACCACCCGUCGAACGCGCUCCCGCUAGAGUCAAGCGCGCCACAGCCAAGACCAAGAGCAAAGACACCGACCCUGAUGGCCCAGACGAUGAGGUCAAGCUAGAGCUAUACCGUGAGCUAUGCAUCAUCUCCUACCAGCUGCAGGCCCAUCUCGACAUGGUGCCCCACAAGCCGCUUCAUCAGCUUCGCGCGCAGUUCAGUACUCCGUCCCCCGAGGCCGACGACGGAAUGGCCGAAGCCAAACUGGCUCAGGCAGGCCAUGCAUCGGCGACACAUGGCCCUUCCACCGAUCCAAGUCGUGCGGCUACACCAGCUCUCUACGACCAAAAGUACGAGCCGCAUUCACUCCCCGCUUAUUCGCACCCCACCCUCGUCAAAGCAGAGCCUCCUCAUUCUCCUCGGCUCUCCCUACACGAGCCUCAGCAGUCGCGACCGCCCUACUCGCCGGAAUCCUCCCCGGAAGUAGCGCUCAUGGACACCGUCAGGCCACCUCCCAAUGGCGUCCACCAUCAUCACCCGGCCUACCCACAUUUCAGCGGCAACGGGUACCAGCCCGAGCCCGCCCCUUGCGCUGCAAAGAUCGAAUAUCUAGAGGACGAUCCCAUGUCGCCCGUCUUCCGACCCGCUCGUUCCAACAUCAUGUCCAUCUCCGCACUCAUGAGCGGCCCGAGCCCGGCAAAGCAGCCGUCGCCAUCGCCAGAGCCCAUCCAGACGCCGCCGAGACCCGUCGAAUCGCUGCCCAAGCUGAUGCAGGAAUGGACGUACGAAGACGAGAUGGCCUCCCAGUUCUUGCAGGCCUGCUUCGACGCUGCGCCUAAAAUCGACACCACCGAGCUUGACCGCCUGACGCAGAUCGCGCAACUCGCCGCCUUCGACCUAGAGAUGCUCUCCGCGUCCUCGUCACCGCGCAGCACGACGCCUUCCCUCUUGUCGCCCAACACAGAGCAGAAACGUGACGAAGCGGCCGCCAAAUCCGACCCAAGACGGCUCAACCCGCUCGACACGCUCGACACACAAGCCCUAUACGACCGGGAAGAAGCGGAGUACCACGAAGAAACGCAAGCCAACGACGAGCUGUACUCUACCGUCCAGUACCUGUCCAGCUUCGACCAAGUCGUCGACGAAUGGCGAGCAGGCGAGCUCGCGCGUCUCCGCCUGCAGCUUGAGAUGCGCAAAGCCGAAGUGGACCGCAUUUGGACGUGCGAUCGCAAGCUUGCCUGGUCUACCUUCAUCGACGAUCGAGCGGGGGAGCUCUAUCGUAAGGGCAUGGCCAAGGCGAGUCGCAAGAGGUGGCAGGCGGAGAUGGAGCUGGAUCUGCUCGAAGUGCACCGCAGAAAAACGCGCGGACUGGCCAAGCUCACCAAGGGGCUUUUGGUGCCGAAGAUCGAGGGUAUGGACACCGCAGAGGUUGCCGAGUUAUACGAGCGCCACGGCAGGUUUGUUUCGGCUGCCAAGUAUCCCACGCUCGACGAGCCACUUGUGCGUGGGGACAUUCGCAAGAUGCGAAUUGCCCUGCGAGCACAUCAAAGGCAAGAGCGGCAGGCCCAGAAGGAAGCUGUACAGCUGGAGCAGUCGACGAGAGAGGCGCAAGAGCAGACCAACAGAGACACAGUCGAUGGCAUCGAAGUUGUCGUCGCCGAUGCAGAUGUGCCAACGGACGCCAUCUCAUCAUCCGAGUCUGAAGAGGACAGCGACGACGACUACGACUCGGACUCGUCAUAUGCCUCUUCGGGCAUCUCUUCGCUCCCCUCCUUCAGUUCCGCGUACAGCUCGCCGCGCGUGCCCAGCAUCGCCGAAGCCGCUCUCGAAGUCUCGGACCUUGAUGCGCUGGUCUCCGAAGUCGCCUCCGUACGCGACGACGAUUCGGACGAGGAUGCGGACGAGAGCCUGUGGGCGCGUCAGAUCCGGCUCGCCAACCAGCUCGCAGAGCAAGGUAUGGCACCCAGCGCCACCGCAUCUGGCAUCCAAACGCCCGCCGUCGCCGCGGGCGAAGCAUCGACGAUGCCAAGUCGAGCAGCGAGCCCCGCCCUGUCAGCCAAAGCCCAGGCGCGCAAGCAGCAGCGAGACCGAAAGCGCAAGAAGCGUCCACCUCCGCCCGGGGCGAGGCUGUGGAAGAAGGGUCGCGUGCAGCAGGAUGCCGAUGCCGAGCCUGCGGACGAGCCACCGCCGCAGCAAGUGGAGCAGGACCGCGAUCCUUACCCAGAGCAAGAUCGCGAUCGCUAUCCAGAACACGAUCGCAGCUACCAUCCGAACGGUCACCAGGCUCCGCAGAAGGAGGAGAGCAGACUGCCAAGCCCUCAACCGCACCAGGCAGCGAUGCACUACGACUACCGGCGGGACGACUUUCCCCCACCGCAGGCGUACGAGCGAGCGUACGGCAUGCGUCCAUCCUACCUCCCCGCUCCAGGCGCGGACGAGUACGACUACGCCCGCUUCGAUCCGUACGCCAGUGCAAGGUACGCGAACUAUGCACCCACCUACCCGUCCUAUGCACGCGAUGGGUAUGCGGGAGGUUCGCCCCCACCAGAGCGGGUGUACGUGCCGUCCUAUGCGCAGUACGAGCAAGGCGGGUAUCCGAGCCACCCACCACCGCCGCCUGCGCCGCAACAGCAGCAGCAAAUUAGACCGUCAUGGCCGUAUUGA